AACCGGAACGUACUCUAGGCGCGCAAGCCGAGGGACGCGAAACUCAUUCGCUGCGAGAUCGUCAAACACGUGCGACCAUUCCGAGUCUGCCCAGUUACGCGGCGUCCCUCGGCUUCUGACCCGUAACUCGAGACGUUCGUAUCUGUGUAUAUCUAACCGAUCGCCAUGGCUGAGGAAUAUUUAUACGGAAUCACUUUGGAAGGACCCAAUGCCACCGAGGUCUGGGAUCCUGAACACAAAAACGAGGACGUUGACGGUGCUAAUCAGCAUUUUGGUGCUGACCAAAAACUCAUCAUCAAAAUGGCACUUCUGGGACCUGAAGCCAAAGCUGGCGAGUUGAAUGUAUUACAAGUUGAGGCGAUGGGACUCAAAGGCCCAAUUAAAACCCCAAUAGCCUUAUUGGAACUGGGAAAAACUGCACAAAUUAUCCUUGAUCUAAGUUUCCCUGAUCCACCCGUCACAUUCACCUUAAUCAAAGGCAGCGGUCCAGUCCACAUAGUAGGACAUAAUCUCCUUGGGACGCAUAUGGAUGAAUUUGAAGACAUGGAAGAUGAAAUGGAGGAAGAAAACAUCGAUGAUGAAGAUGAUGAGAAGGCCUCGCAUAAGAAACGGAAACUUUCUGGCGAGGGUAAAAAAAAUGGCACCAAACGCGCCAAGAUGGAUGAGGAGGACCCUGAAGAUGAAGAAGACGAAGACGAAGAGCCCAAAAAGAAGAAUGCGAAAUUAGCAGUUCCAGCUAAAAACAAAAAUCAAGCUAACAAGAAUAAGAAAAAAUAAACCCGUGGUUCUAUUACCAACAAACACAUCCUAGGCUAGGCUCUUGAAUCGACUAUAAAAGGGUCCCGGGGCCAUGACAGGGUCAACAGUGAAAACAAACUUUCGAGGAAUAAGUCUAUACAGAAGACAUAUGGCAGGUCGACUCUUCCGCAUUUUACGCUUCUGCGUCAUCCUGAACGUCGAAAUAGUAAUCUACAGCUCAGAUUUGAUAGUUCGUGAAUCCAAAUACUAGACAAAUGAUAGACUGACAGACAGACGGAGACUGAUUGAUUCAGGUUUCAAUCCCACUCUUCCGCAACUUGACUUCCGGUCAGAAAACACAAAGCUAUAUUAUAACAUCACUUGAUAAUAAUAUUUAUUCCUUAUAAAGAUCAUGAAGGAAAUUUUAACCCACAGAUCUAGUGUAUUUAUUUUGAACUUUAAACGAGGUCUUUGAUUAAUUUUAUGACUAUUAGAAGGAGUUGAAACAGAACAUUGUCAUCUCUCGAUAUUCAUUCCAUUUGAAGAAAAGUAAUAUAACGGUGCACCGUUCUUAUUUAACAUGUGUUAUACACAGUGUUUUUCACUUACGUGCCCAAACGUCUGUAUACUCUUUUGUACAUAUACGAUACAAUAAAAAUUUCACUUAACUUUUAA